GUCGCCUUUGUACCUUCACAGUGAAAACAAAACUUCAAUAACUAAGAUUGCUUUCAUUUCAUUAACAAAAUUUGAUAAGCAAAAUGGGUUUGCUAAUUUAUUUAGCUGCUAUUGCACUUUAUCUAUUUUACAAAUGGGCAACAUCCACCUACGAUUACUUUGAAAAACAAGGAAUUUCGUUUAAAAAGCCAACAUUCUUAAUCGGAACAAAUGGAAAUAUUUUCUCGAGACGUAAGAAUUUCAUGCAACUUAUUGACGAAUGGUAUUAUGAAUUUCAAAACGAAAAAGUUUCUGGGCUUUUCGAAUUUCGACGUCCAAUGCUACUUCUGAGAGAUCCAAAAAUAGUUAAACAAAUGGCAGUCAAAGAUUUCGAUUAUUUUAUGGAUCAUCGCACGAUUAUCAAUGAAGAUGUUGAUCAGCUGUUUGGCAAAGCUUUAGUGAGUCUUCAUGGUCAGAAGUGGAAGGACAUGCGUGCAACUCUUAGCCCAGCAUUUACUGGUAGUAAAAUGAGACAAAUGUUUGACUUUGUCAGUACUGUUGGACAACAAACAGCUUCAACAAUGAAAAAGGAAAUUGAAAGUGGGAAAGAAAAUUCCUUUGAAUUUAAAGACCUCGCAAGACAAUUUGCUGUCGAUGUUAUCGCAUCGUGUGCUUUUGGAAUUGAAAUCAACUCCUUUGCAUCCCCUGAUAAUGACUUUCAUAGAAUCGCCAAGAAAAUGUCAACUUUUACAUCUUUUAGGUUCGGUCUUAUUCUUGCUGGUUACAUGACUGUGCCGAAACUCAUGAAAGCUUUGAAGAUAAGUUUACUUGAUAAGGAAAGUUGUGAAUUCUUUAAAGAAGCGAUUAUAGAUACGAUGAAAAUCAGAGAAGAAAAAGGAAUUGUUCGUCAUGAUAUGAUCAAUUUGUUGAUUCAAGCUAGAAAAGGACAAUUGACGCAUAAUAAUAACAACGAAGAAAACACAACUGAUGGAUUUGCAACUGUUGAAGAAUCAAAUAUUGGUAAAUCAGAAGUUAAGAGACAAUGGGAUGAUGUAGAUUUGGCAGCUCAAGCAUUUAUAUUCUUCCUUGCAGGAUUCGAUACUAUUGCAACUGCAAUGAGUUUCAUGGCCUAUGAGCUUGUUUGCAAUCCGGAUAUUCAGCAAAAGCUUUACAACGAAGUCGUAACAAUAAACGAAGAACUUGGUGGGAAAAAGAUCACUUACGAGAAGAUUCAAUCGAUGAAAUAUUUAGAUCAGACUGUUUGUGAAGCUUUAAGGAAAUGGCCACCAGCACCCAUAACCGAUCGAUUAUGUGUCAAAGAUUACGAUUUGAAACUUGAUGGAAAAACCUUACACAUGAAUGCUAAUGAUGUCUGCUUUGUUCCCAUCUGGAGUUUUCAUAGAGAUCCAAAAUAUUUCCCCAAUCCCGAAAAAUUCGAACCCGAACGAUUCAGUGAAGAAAAUCGUNNNCAAUAA